AUGCAGCUCUGUCUUUACACUGGCCGCGUGACGGCGCUGCGCGACGGUCGUCCCUCCGACUCCGCCUCUCCUCCGGACUCCGCCUUCGGUUCUGUCGCCGACCAGAGCGCCACCCUGCUGAACCUCUGUCGAGGCAUGGCGGUUCUCUCUUGGAUUUCGCACGUCUUCUGGCGUUCGCUCUUCUUUGGCGUUCCGCUUGCUGGCAGAAACGUUGGUUUGAAAAAACCCGGCACACGUGGAUCCGCCACCGCAAAACCGGUUUCGGCUGGUAUGGCAUUCAGGGCUGAGCGAGCCUUUCAGCAGCUCUCCUCAUAUCUGUCCCCUCCGCAACUGUCGUCCUCGGGAUCGAUUGUUUCGAACUCUGCAUAUUUGACUCACUUCCAUAUCUUCUCGGUUUCCGACCUCCGAGGACGUACGGAGCUUGAACAGCAGCGACGCUAA